AUGGGGGUAUAUUUGAGCUCCCCUAGAACUGACAAGGCUUCGGGAGAUGGUGAAAAUGAUAGACUUCGAUAUGGUUUGUCCUCUAUGCAAGGCUGGCGUACAACCAUGGAAGAUGCACAUGCAGCUUAUCCCGAUUUGGACAAUUCCACAUCUUUCUUUGGUGUUUAUGAUGGCCAUGGAGGUCAAGCAGUGUCUAGGUUCUGUGCUAAAUAUCUUCAUCAGCAAGUGCUCAAGCAUGAAACUUAUUUGUCUGGAGAUUUAGGCACUUCUUUACAGAAAGCUUUUCUCAGGUUAUUUCACUUGUUUUCUCUCUUGGACUCAUAUUUGGACUGUGUUAAUGUACAUGUUAAUGCUUCCUUUGGUAUGGUGUCUUACUUUGUCAUCACAGUAGCUUGUAGAAAGCUUAGCACAUUAGAAAAUAGAAUGGAGGAAAAGGAUCCCAUAAUGGAUGAGAUGAUGCGUGGCCAGAGGGGAUGGAGAGAACUAGCCAGCUUGGGUGAUAACAUAGAAAGGGUUUCUGGUAUGAUAGAAGGAUUGAUAUGGUCGCCUAGAAGUGGCCGAGUCAAUGGCCGUUUUGAUGAUUGGCCUUCUGAGGAGGGGCCUCAUUCUGGUUUUGAUGGACCGACUUCUGGAAGCACUGCAUGUGUUGCAAUUAUUCGAAACAACCAACUUGUUGUUGCAAAUGCUGGUGAUUCUCGUUGUGUUAUAUCCAGGAAGGGUCAGGCAUAUGAUCUGUCUAAAGAUCACAAGCCUGGCCUUGAGGUUGAGAGAGAAAGGAUUCAUAAUGCUGGUGGCUUCAUUGUGGUUGGACGUGUUAAUGGAACUUUAAACUUGUCAAGGGCAAUUGGAGACACAGAGUUCAAGCAGAACAAAAAGCUGCCUGCUGAGCAGCAAAUUGUAACUGCCAAUCCUGACAUAAGGACUGCUUUAAGAAUACUAGAUCCUUUGGCCAGCAUCACACAAUUGGUUGAGCUCUGUGAUGAUGAUGAGUUUCUUGUUCUCGCUUGUGACGGGAUUUGGAGCAGCUUUAGGUCAACUUGUGUUGGAAAUGAGACAAUUGGGUUAAAUAAGCUUGAGAUGUUAAAUACUUCGAUCUUAGAGGAAGCACGUUCAUUUUGUAACAUAUACACUGGAACCUUGAGUGGUGCAUGGACUAGGGAUUGCAUGUCAAGUCAACAGCUAGUGGAUUAUGUGCACGAACAGUUGAACACUCUAAAAAUAUUUCACUCUAAAUCUAUGCAGGAAACUAAGCUGUCAGAGAUAUGCGGGAGAGUUUUCAACAGGUGUUUGGCACCCAACACCAGUGGUGGGGAGGGAUGUGACAACAUGACCAUGAUCUUGGUGCAAUUCAAAAAACCUGUCAAUUCAAGUCCUUCAGCAGAGCAGCAUCCACCAUCUUCUCAUCAAGCAAUGGAGGUUGACACAAGUAAUAUGGAAAAGUGA